AUGGACUCGCCGGAGCAACGGCGGAAGCGGAAGCGGUUUUCGAGAACCACAAACCUUUUACCUCUCCGCCAUUUUCUUCUUGUAAGAUCUCUCUUUUACUGUUUAGGUUUUUUUGUUUUCUUUUAUCUCCUUUUCCGACGACACACGUCGGCGUUUCAUCACGUCGUAGCACUCUCCAGAUUAUCCUCGUUGCCUGCAUACCAAAUUGGUUCCGUUACGGUUUUCUCCAAGUUUAACGACUUAGCUCAGUUUAAGAUAGAGGACAGGGUUUCGUUUCCUGAUCAUGUCUUGUUACUAGUGUCAAAACGUACCGGUACCGAAACUGAAAUAGAUAUCGGAAUUGGAAAUAAUUUGGAAUGUGUUUACACAAGUAACAAAUCGAAUUCCUAUCCGGAUCUCGGUGAUGAUGGUGUUAUGGUGAGGAAGGGCGUAUUUUCGGUGGAUGAAUACAGCGGCAACCGUUUGCUCGUUCGUUGUCCGCUCCCUCCGGUGAACUUCUCAUCCGUUAUCACACUACAGCGACGGGGCUUGAUGAUCGAUAAGGGGGAAGAUAAACCCUCAAAUUCAUGGGAGAAUUUAGCAUAUGAGGCGAUGCUCGACGGGAACAUUGCCGUUGUGUUCGUUAAAGGGAUCAGUCACCGGCAGGAUAAAGAAUCAGACCAGACUCAAUUCAGUUGCCAUUUCGGAUUAGGCGACUGGGAAACGGAUUCGAAGUAUAUGCUUAUCUCUAAAGCUCUGACUGCAGCUCAAGAAGUGGUUCGGUGUGUGUUGCCGAGAAGCAUCCUUAUGCACCCUCAUAAAGCUCGUGGUGUUCGAGCUACGGUUAGUUUUCGAAUGCCUCGUGUUCACGGCCGGGCUCAUCGUGUUCUCGUUCCAUCUGUGGCUAAGAUUUCCACUCUGGAAUCGGACAUGAAAACCCACAAGCACGAGCUUUGCGUUUGCACGAUGCUCUGGAACCAAGCUGACACGAUUCGUGAAUGGAUAACCUACCAUUCUUGGCUCGGCGUCUCGAGAUGGUUCAUUUAUGAUAACAACAGCGAUGACGAUAUCAAAUCUGUGAUCAAGAAUCUCAAUCUCGCGGGCUAUAAUGUAACCCGACACGUUUGGCCAUGGAUCAAAACUCAAGAGGCCGGUUUCUCACAUUGUGCUAUGAAAGCUAGACCCGAAUGCAAUUGGGUUUCUUUCAUGGACGUCGACGAAUUCUAUUACUUCCCUUAUCCCGAUCUUACCCGCCCUCGCCCAACCUUAAUCCCCUUUCCCGGCCAGGGUUCACUCCGAGCCCUGGUCUCAAACUUCACAUCCUCGUCAUCAAUCGGAGAGAUCCGAACCGCGUGCCGUAGCUUUGGACCUUCCGGUUUAAGUUCACGCCCGAAACAAGGAGUUACGGUUGGGUACACGUGCAGAUUACAGAGCCCGGAACGGCACAAGUCGAUCAUUCGGCCCGACGCGCUCGACUCGACCCUAAUGAACGUAGUGCACCAUUUUCAUUUAAGGAAAGGGUUCAGUUAUGUAGAUUUACCUCAGAGUGUUGCAGUGAUUAAUCACUACAAGUAUCAAGCGUGGGAGGCUUUUAGGGCUAAGUUUUACAGAAGGGUUGCGACUUAUGUGGCUGAUUGGAGGGAUAACCAGAAUGAAGGUUCGAGAGAUCGAGCACCUGGGUUGGGUACAGAAGCCAUUGAACCAGCUGAUUGGAGACUGCAGUUCUGUGAGGUAUGGGAUACUGGCUUAAGAGACUUUGUUUUAGCCAAUCUGGUUGACGUUUCUAAUGGGGUCUUGCCAUGGGAUCCAUCUUUGUGAUAUAUUCAUACUUGAUACAUUGAUUGAUUGAUUCUUUUGAACCAAACUAACCUUUGUUUC